GAGGCCGCGGCGGGCGGAGCGGGCGCGUUUGAAUCGCGGCGCGGCCGCUGCCCUCCCCUCCGCCAGCCCCGCCAUGAACUUCUCGGAGCCGUUCAAGCUCUCCGGCCUGCUCGCCAGGUUCUCCCCCGAUGGCAAGUGCCUGGCUUCCUGCGUGCAGUACCGGCUGGUGGUUCGGGACGCCAGCACCCUGCGGAUCCUGCAGCUGUACACGUGCCUGGAUCAGAUCCAGCACAUAGAGUGGUCGUCCGACUCGCUCUUCAUACUGUGUGCCAUGUACAAGCGUGGGGUUGUUCAGGUCUGGUCCUUGGAGCAGCCAGACUGGCACUGUAAGAUAGACGAGGGCUCAGCGGGAUUGGUGGCUUCAUGCUGGAGUCCGGAUGGUCGUCACAUCCUCAACACAACCGAGUUCCAUCUGCGGAUAACUGUGUGGUCCUUGUGUACCAAAUCUGUGUCCUACAUCAAGUAUCCCAAAGCUUGUCAGCAGGGGAUAGCUUUCACUAAGGACGGCCGCUACAUGGCAGUCGCGGAAAGACGGGACUGCAAGGACUUUGUCAGCAUCUUUGUGUGCAGUGACUGGCAGCUGCUGAGGCAUUUUGACACUGAAACACAAGAUCUGUUUGGAAUCGAGUGGGCUCCUAAUGGCUGUGUUCUGGCAGCGUGGGAUACGUGUCUGGAGUACAAGAUCCUGCUGUACUCCCUGGAUGGGCGCCUGCUCUCCACCUACCGGGCGUACGAGUGGUCGCUGGGCAUCAAAUCAGUCACCUGGAGCCCCAGCAGUCAAUUUGUGGCCAUUGGCAGUUAUGAUGAAAAGGUGCGUAUCUUGAACCAUGUCACUUGGAAGAAGAUCACAGAGUUUGAGCAUCCAGCGACCAUCACAAGCACCAAGACUAUUGUGUAUAAAGAAGUGGAGAAAUCCCCAUCUGUUGAAACAGAGAGACUUUCUUUCCCUCCAACAAGAGCAUUGGCUAGUUCUCUCUUCAGCACACAAAGUAAAUAUGACAUUUCCCAGGUGCCAGUUUCUUUGCCGUUCAUCAAACCAGUUGCUGACAGGGCCAAUCCUAAAAUGGGAAUUGGGAUGUUGGCAUUCAGUCCAGAUAACUGUUUCCUGGCAACCAAAAAUGAUAACAUUCCCAACGCUGUCUGGAUCUGGGACAUUCAAAAGCUGAAACUGUUUGUAGUCUUGGAGCAGCUGUGUGCCAUCCAGUGUUUCCAGUGGGACCCACGCCAGCCUCGGCUUGCUGUGUGCACAGGAACCAGCAAAGUCUUCUUCUGGUCCCCAGCUGGCUGUGUGUCAGUGCAGGUGCCAGCAGAAGGUGACUUCCAGAUCCUCUCUCUGUCCUGGCAUUCCAGUGGAGACUCCUUGGUGCUUCUGAGUAAGGACAACUUUUGUGUGUGUUACUUAGAAAAAGAGGUAAAAUAACAAUCAUAUGCAUUAAAAAUGCUUACAAGUUUGAGGAAGAAUGAGGAAAGGGGUCAAACCCUGUUGCUCAGUCUGAAGAUUUUGUAUUUAUCAGUUAUUUAUUUGAAGGAGCAUACCCAGACUCCAUGUAAAGCACUCUGAUUACACUUGAAUGAAGUGAUGUAGCAACUGAAGUGUGGAUUGUGAAGCCUGGAUUUCAAGAAAACUUUAGUAUUGAUGUGGCUGGAUUUUCUCUUGAAUUCUGUCAACUAGACACCUUGAUUUCCUCAGGCUGUAGCUGUGUGUAUAUAAUGUAUAGCAAUUAUUUAAAUUUUAUA